AUGGGAGUCCGUGCUCCCGGCGCCGAGCUGAACAACGCUUGUCGCCCCAUUCUUGUGCCCUGUUUGAGAAAGGGCCUCACGGUGACCAAAUUGCCUCUGGACUGCUUCCUGACCAUGGUAGACGUUUCCUGUGGAUUCAUUCAAGGAGGGAGAAUGGCUACGGCCCGGAGUCCUUGCAAUCCACAGAGCACCGUUGACUUGGGAGCCCAGUACAUCACCCGCACUCCCCAUUAUGCUAAAAAACACCAAAGUUUUUAUGAUGAACUGUUAGCUCACGGCAUUUUGAAACCUCUGACCUCUCCAAUUGAAGGGAUGGUAAUGAAAGAAGGAGACUGUAACUUUGUGGCACCUCAAGGACUUUCUUCAAUCGUUAAGCAUUACCUGGAAGAAUCAGGUGCCGAGGUCUCCUUCCGACACCGUGUGACCCAGAUCAACCUGAGAAAUGACAAGUGGGAAGUGUCCAAGGAAACAGGUUCCCCCGAGCGGUUUGACAUCGUUGUCCUCACGAUGCCGGUUCCGCAGAUUCUGCAGCUCCGAGGUGACAUCGCAAACUUAAUUAGUGAAUGCCAAAGGCAGCAACUGGAGUCUGUGAGCUACUCUUCUCGCUACGCCCUGGGCCUCUUUUAUGAAGCUGGCACGAAGAUUGAUGUCCCUUGGGCUGGACAGUACAUCACCAGUAAUCCCUGCACACGCUUCAUCUCCAUCGAUAAUAAGAAACGCAAUAUAGAGUCAUCAGAAGUGGGACCUUCCCUGGUGGUUCACACCACUGUCCCAUUUGCAGUCACAUACCUGGAGCACAGCACUGAGGACGUGCGGGAGCUAAUCUACCAGCAGCUGGAAAGCAUUUUGCCAGGUCUGCCUCAACCAGUUGUCACCAAAUGCCAGAAAUGGAGAUAUUCCCAGGUGAUAAGUGCUCCUGCCAACUCUCAUGGCCAAUUGACUCUUCAUCGGGAACCUUUCCUUGUGUGUGGAGGGGAUGGGUUCACCCAGUCCAACUUCGACGGCUGCGUCUCUUCUGCCCUGUGUGUUCUAGAAGCUUUAAAGAACCAAAUUUAGCCCCUGGAUCUUUAUUCUCUACCUGUGCUUGGGGUUUCUGGUUUCACAGUUCUCUGUGAGAGAUGACUU